AUGUUAUACGCUAUGAUAGAAUAUGAACUUGGAAUUAAUGUUCAUGCGGCUUUUGAUGAUAUAGAAAUCCGAAGAGCUGAGGCUCAGAGGAUAGAGAAAGAGCAGAAAGAUGCUGAAGAAGCCGCUGAAGCCUUAAAGGAUAAAGGUAAGGGUGUUGUGGUUGAUAAUGAAGAAAUUCUUGGAUCCUCAAAUCAACAAGAGCAACAACAACCAGAUGUUGAAGCUAAUGAAGAAAAUGCUCUAGUUCCCGCACUAUUAUUCACUUUUGUUGGUGAACGAAAGACGUUAUCUUACAGCAGGGAAGACAAUGCGAGAAGAAUAGAAGUUGAAAGGCGUCGACCUAAAGCAAAGGAAGUUAAGAAAGCUCAGGCUGCUGGCGAAGAGGAAGAUGACGAAGAUGAAGAGGAUGAUGACUUUAAAGAUAUUGAUGAUUAUCAUAGAAGCAGUGACGAUGAUGAAGGUGAUGAUGAUGAUCAGGGAGGUAACGGUGGUGCUUUGAUUGUGAGACCACCUGGUGCUGAUAACAAUGAUAAUUACUUCAACGAUGAACAGAAUGAGGAAAAGGAAGACGCUCAGACUAAGGGGGAGUCUACCUCAGGUUCUAAGCAAGCUAAUCUUCAAAAGGUAUUCUCUAACACUCCCAAAGUUAUUUAUCUAAGUCAUGACGUCGAAGAGGGAUAA